AUGGAUUCAUAUGAUUCGUACGGGUCCCCAGGGCGAAACCGCGAAGGUGGAGAUUCUUACAUGUCCAGAGCAUCGAUGGAUUCCUACAGACGCAGAUCACCUGUCUCCCAGGAUCGACGGCGUGGGCGCCCCCGUUCCCGUUCCCCUGUCGUGAUCGAUCGAUAUGAGCCUUCGGACCGCAGAGCUUCCCGAGAUGACUAUUAUGCUGCCGCACGCGAACACACCGCACGAGAACGUGAGGAUCGUCGUCGCGUUCCCUCGCCAACCGCUGCAAAUAUCGACCGUUAUGUCCCCGGACAGGAUGGCGGCAAACGUCCAAUUCCCAGCAACCCACUCCCCAACCCCCUGAGCCUGGAUUUUCAAGUCGGGUUUAAUUGGUUCGCUGAAUGGUGGCGCGCGGAACAAUCAAUCAAGGAGGAGAAAGAUCGCGCAAAGCAUGGCGGAAGACGCCCAUCGGACCGUGUCAAAGGUGAACGGGAGGCGCGUGAAGAUCGUGAUCGCGAGAGAGCCCAGAUUCAAGCCGCUUACGAUGCGUACAAGGUCGACCUGCAGAUAAAGAUGGCGAGAACAUUCGUGCAACAUCAUCGCAAUGAGGAGUGGUUCAAGGAGCGCUACGUUCCUGAAGUCAGAGACCCUCUACGUCGAUUACUCAUGGAUUUUCGACUAAGCGCUUAUCAACAGUGGGAGCAUGAUUUGGAAGGUGGUGUGUUUGAUGACUUCACGCUCGAGGGUAUCUACAAGAGCGAAAGCGACGGUGCUGGUGGUGUCAUUGAGAAGGAAGAAGGAGAGACGACGGCUGUAGGGGAGACGCUCGGUGUUUUGGACCUUUUGCCAGCUAGAGGUGGAGAUUUGCGUGAUGAAGCCCUGUCGCAACCGGCUUUGCUCAUCAAGACAUUGGCUCCGAAUGUUGGCCACCAAAAAAUUGAGGAGUUUUGCAAGGAGCAUCUAGGAGAGCAGGAUGGCGGAUUUAAGUGGCUGAGCUUGAGCGAUCCAAAUCCUUCGAAGAAAUAUCAUCGAAUGGGAUGGAUAAUGUUGCAUCCGGCUCCGGAUGUUGCAGUCGUUGAAAGAGGCGAUGGGAGAGAGGAAGAAGGGGAGGAGAUGGACCAUGAUAAUGUUGCCAAUGGGUCUGCGACGAUUUCGGCGGCCGAAAAGGCCCUCGAGGCGAUUAAUGACAAGACAAUUCAUGACCCUGUUCACGGAGAUUUUGUCUGCCACGUUGGUGUCCAUGUUCCCCCAUCCCAAUUGCGAAAGAAGGCACUCUGGGAUCUUUUCUCUUCUCCGGAACGUAUUGAACGCGAUUUGGAGCUGGCCAGACGACUGGUGACGAAGCUUGACUCUGAAAUGGGUCAUAAUGCUGAUGGCUAUACUAAAGUUGAAGACCGUGUUGAGGAACUCCGUGGCAAGGGCUGGCUGCAACCGCCUGUCACUGGCCCUGUCAGUGUGAAGAGGAGGAAGACUGACUUUGACGCCGAGGAUAUCGAUGAGGGCGAAGCAGAAGAAGGGGAGGAAACCGAAGGGUGGGAGGAUGAUGAAGUCGACGACGAGGAACUCUUGGCUAAGAAGAAAAAGUUGGAUUUGAUGGUUGAAUACCUCCGAAGGGUUUACAAUUUCUGCUUUUUCUGCGUUUUCGAGUGCGACUCUGUACACGAACUUACCCGAAAGUGUCCUGGGGGCCAUCUCCGUCGGCCCCGGGCUGGCCUGACCACACAGUCCAAGGCCGUGGCACGAGCCAGCGCUCUUGGACAGCCAUUCCCGGUUACGAAGAAAGAGCCAAGCGAGGAUGGUGAGGAACAGCCGUCGCCUGCAGAGGAAAAACGGCCCCAGAGGCACAGUUCUAGGUCAGAGCAGCAACUUCAACGUGCUUUCAACUGGGUCAAAACCUUCGAGGACAAGCUUCUGCAGCUCCUUGAACCCGAAAAUGUGGAUAUUACUAAACUCGGUGGAAAACCUGUUGACGAUGCGCUGGAGGAGGAAUUAGCAAAAAAUGUGAAGCAAGAGGACGAGUCAAAGUAUCGCUGCAAGGUCCCUGAAUGCACGAAAUUGUUCAAGGCAGAUCACUUCUGGCGUAAACAUGUGGAGAAACGCCACACAGAGUGGUUUGAAAAUAUUAAGAGUGAUCUUUCCCUCGUGAAUGCCUAUGUACUUGACCCUGCUCGCAUUGCCCCCUCGAGGUCCGAUGCCAAUAGCAAUGGCCACUUCCCCCUCAGCUCUGGCCAGAACCAGACUGGCACUCCUCGCGGAUUCAGCCUGGCGUCGAUGCCCACUUACCUCGGCAACACUUCCAACGUCCCGUCAGGUUUCCAGGGAGUUCCAGGCGCUGGGUUACCUGGAUUUAUGGGCAUGAAUAAUCAAAGUUGGAGCGGAAAUGGUAUGGUUGCUGGUGAGCACGCUAGCCUGCACCAUCCAGGCGUCGUGCGUCGUGGUGGUGGUCGGUACAAUAAUCGAUCUGGACCUUAUGAUCGACGCGGAAACCGACAUGGCGCCUCGGGUGUUGGCCGUCUGAGUCCAGCCCGCAACAUGAUGAGCAUGCAUGGACCCGGGGGUCGGCUCCCACCUAGUACCGGUGCUCCGUAUAUCCCUCCAGGCCAUCCUGCCGCUGCUGCAUUUGCUGCCGCCGGUGGGUUCCCCGAUGCUAUGGGAUCCGGAACUGGCCAGCAGGCCAUGGGUCCGCGAGAGGCUGUCCAAGGCCGUAGCCUGAAGAGCUACGAGGAUCUUGAUGCCGUUGGGGGAGCUGGAAGUGGCGAGUUGAACUACUAG